CCUGGUCCCAUUAAAACCCUAAGGUGAAGUGCCCUUCCUCCAUUGGGUCGGUGAGGAGUGUUUCCAGAUCAUUCGGUUUGAAGUCGUCCCAUUCAUCCAGAGUGACUGCCAUGGCUGCUUACAAGGUUAAGCUGAUUGGCCCGGAUGGACAAGAGAAUGAGUUUGAGGCCCCUGACGACACUUAUAUCUUAGAUGCAGCCGAGAAUGCAGGAGUGGAGCUCCCUUAUUCCUGCCGUGCAGGAGCAUGCUCCACCUGUGCUGGCAAUGUCUCCGGCACUGUGGAUCAGUCCGAUGGCGCAUUCCUCGACGAGAAUCAACUGAAUAAAGGAUUUUUGCUAACCUGUGUCUCAUAUCCAACUUCAGAUUGUGUGAUUGAAACUCACAAGGAAGGCGAUCUAUACUGAGAAAUGGGGACUGGGAAUCAUAGCUAGACUUUGCAGCCAAAUUUGCUUGUUCUGCUUUAUCAUCAUAAAACCUUUGUUUUGGGAUUAUUAGUGACUUGGGAUAUGUGUUUUACUACCUCCUGUUGGAAUUUAAAUGUGAUAACUGAUAAGUGUUACUAUAACUCUAGUUGGAUUUUUCGUGUUUGGUGAA